AUUUGUGAGUUCGAGAGGUAGUUUCGUUUAAGAUCUCAAUCACUGAACUCUUUAGCUAUCUACUUUAGGUUGUGGAUACCCCUGGAAUACUUGAUCAUUCUCUCGAGGAUAGAAAUACAAUAGAAAUGCAGGUAAAUCUUACAUGUACUUGUAUAUCAUACAUGCACGUUUGGUAUUUGUAUUUUAGUGAAAUGGAACACUGAAAAUGUUAUUUUUUGCGUGUGUUGGUGUUAUGAAUAUGAUGUUUGUGGCGUUACUCUGAGUGUGCAUCCACACCGGGCAAGAUGGAAAGUUUGCCUGACCACAGUGGGAAUCGAACCCGCGACCUUUUGGGAUACUAGUCCAAAGGUCGCGGGUUCGAUUUCCACCGUGGAUGCACACUGAAAAUGUGUCAAAAAAUGUUUGUAAAUAAAUACGCUCUAUAAGGUGCUUUUAUAUAGUUUUUACGAAUGACUUCGAGGUACAGUACAUACGUCGAUAUAAAGCCAUAUAUAUCUGAUCUCCAUAUAUAUCUGCAGUGAGAACUCGAGUUCAAAAGUGAAGCCAAGAUGGAGCUAUUGGACGUCUGUUUCAGUCGCUUUCUAUUGUUUUUGUCUACGUGAUCAGAUACGAAACUUCAUGGAGUGUGCCGGAAUUCCGUGUUUUGACUUCGAUUUAAAGGUUAAUAUUAUGAUUUCAUGAACUGAUAACUUGAUUAGCGAUACGGUCCGUUAGCUGGGAAAAGUGGCCGUCGUAGAUAUUGGACAUCAAUUCCGCCAUUUUAGCUUCACUUUUCUCGUGGACCAAAAGACUGAAGUUCUUGCUCCAGAUGUAUAUACAGGUCACUGUAUAAAGCCUCCUAACCAAACCAUCGUGAAAGAUUUUCGUUUAUUUUCCCCUCCAUUGUUCAGGCUAUUACAGCUCUGGCUCAUUUACGAGCAGCUGUCCUGUAUUUCAUGGAUCUGUCAGAACAGUGUGGUCACACCAUUGAAGAACAAAUACAACUGUUUACAAAUAUCAAACCAUUGUUCGUAAACAAGCCUAUUAUUGCUGUCAUGAAUAAGACUGAUAUCAUACGUCCUGAUGAACUAACUGACGAGAACAAGAAACGCCUUGCGUACUUUAAAACUGAAGGUAGGUAGAUCUACUGAGUACUGUACUUAUAGAAACAGAUUGACGUUUAUACGAUAAGAAUAUAAUUUUUAAAUGUUAAAAUGUCAUUUAAAACGUUCACAAAUCAAUCUCCCAGUUCUACUCCUAGGGAGUGACUGCUCAUCAUUUCUUAGUUUGUAACCACAGGGCAAUAUAGAUACAUACAGUACAAGAUGGAGCUAUAUAGGCUGAGUGAUGUUAUGAAAAGUCAAAUGACAAAUGUUCUUCUUUCAGAAGGGCGAGAACACCCACUAAUGAUUUAGACCUCUACGUAAUGCAUAUUAGGAUAGAGGAUCGUAAACGCACGUUUCCGCAUCACAUUUCAAUUUUCACUAUGAAGAUAUGGGUAGAAAAAUGCACUUGUAUUGUCACGAAGUUAAAGAGUUCUUUAGCAUAGAGAAAAUUAGUUUAGUCCGCGGUUAUUAAUUUUGGAUAUAAAAUCAUGUCUUGCUGUACAUUGAAUUCGUUUGUAGGUAUUACUACUGUUUGUACCAGUACAGUCACAGAAGAAGGCAUAAUGAAUUUAAAAACUGAAGCAUGUGAACGACUACUUGCACAGCGCGUUGAAACAAAAAUCAAGAGCAAAAAAGCUGAUGGUAUCCUAAAUCGUAUCCACGUAGCUACUCCGGCACAGAGGGAUACAAAAGACCGUCCUCCUUGCAUACCAGAGGCGGUGUUGAACCGCAAAAAGAUGAUGGAGACAGACAGCAAACCGAAAAAGAAAUUAGCAAAGGAAAUUGAACAAGAAAUGGGUGACGAUUAUCGCGUAGACUUACAACAACACUGGGUUUUGGAGAAUGAAGAAGAUAAAGUUGAUAUUGUUCCUGAAAUUUAUCUUGGUAAAAAUAUCGCAGAUUUUAUCGAUCCAGAUAUUAUGAAGGUAAAAAUGAGUAAUGGUGUAAAGUGAUCGCGAGCAGUUGUCUUAUUCUUAAGAUUAUUAUUUCUGCAUUAGAAUGUUUUGUAACCAAUAUUUUUAGUUAUAAUAGAAAAACGCAGGAAACAUAAAAAAGAUAUAAAGGCUUUGCUUCAAGACAAUGUCUGUUUUUUAGACUGCUGAAAUGUGAAAAAAAAAUUAAAUUUUUUUUUUUUAAAUCUCCACAUUUAUAUUUUUUGUUAUUCCUAGAAACUUGAAGAACUAGAAAAGGAGGAAGAACUUAGGGAAGCAGCGGGAGAAUAUGACAGCGAUAUGGUAA